CUCACUAACGAUCAUAUGCCUAUUUUAUUCAAUUUCUACAGAUAAAAUUAAUGUAACCAAACGAAGUGUUGCAGAAUUGUUACCAUGCCCCAUAAAUAUAUGCUUGAAUCAAGGAAUAUGUUUAAUGGAUCCAUUUUUCAAUACAUUCAGAUGUUUAUGUGGAGCAUAUUAUUCUGGGAGUCGAUGCGAAAAGUUUAAUACCAGCAUUUUCAUUUGUUCAAAACUUGGUUUAUGUAGACCACUUGGUCCAUAUCUAUUUGGAUUUAGUAUUAUUAUUUUUCUAUGUAUCCUUGUCAUUGUUGGACAUGGAUGUUGUCUGUUACUUGAUAAAUUAUUGAAAUGUAAAAUUACACAAACGAGAACACUUGGAAGUGUACAUCAUAAUAAUAAUAAUAACGAUUUUAAUAAUGAAUCCAGAAAUCAAAGGUUUACUUGCACAUUAAAUCGAAUGAUCGAUCACAAUCCAUUUGUUUUAAAACCAAAACAACAUGUAAAUUUCUCAAAUAUAAGAAAUCGUAUUCAUUUUAAUCGAAUUAAAUCAAAAUGUAACUGUUUCAUAUGUGAUCAUGUCAGUAUACCGUUGAAUGAAACUAGCCGAAAUCAUCAAGAGAUUGUUGAUUUGACUCGACCAAACAAGAGUCAAUAUUUAUUGAAGCACAAUGAAGUUAAAUCUCAGAAUCACUUUAGCUUACAUCCUGAGCCAAUUCCAACUUUAUUCAUUAAAAAAUCGAAUUAUUCAAAUGAAUUGCAUAAAAUACCUGAAAAUAAUAACCCCUAUUUAAAUGAUACUUCUUAUUCAUCCAACGAAACAAAGGCUUCAAUGAAAGCCUUUUCAUUUAAACCAAAAGCAAGAGUUCAUGAGAAUCAUUGUGGAGGUUAUGACAAUGACACUGACAACAACGAUGAUGAUGAUGACGAUGUGAGAGAUGACAGUGAAACUAACUUCUCAUCAAAUUCAGAAAAUAAUUUACCUGUAUUACCAACAAGUUCAAGAUAUCAAAAGUCCUAUGGUAGAUUGGGACAGAACACUGAAUAUACUCGAACUUUAUCAACAUCUGCUACAGCAUCUUGUUCAAAUACACAACCACAUCAUGUUAAUAAUAACAAACUAUGCACAAAUCAUUUUUAUAUACCUCAAACUCACAGAAAAAAUGUCUCUAUAUUUAAACAAUUAUUACAAUCCGGUCAAAUAGAUAAUUAUUAUCUAACAAGACAAUGUGACAGACAUCAUCACUCUGUCAUGAAAAAAACCACUACAAAUUCAUCUUUAAAUCAUGAUUGUGAAUCUACUGAUUUGUCAGUUUGUUCAUCUGUUACAACAACAAAGUUCACCAUAACAAAAGCAGCUACAACCAAAUCAGUCAUUGGUGAUAAUCAUCAAUCGGAAACUAUGUUACAACCAUUACACAAUAGAAAACAAUCUACUCUAGUUGAUACUCCUAUUAACAGUCAAUCAGCCUAUAUUGCUUCACAUUCACGACAUAAUCAUACUACUAUUGAUAAUCCUAAUGAGUUAUGCAUGGAAUAUGACGACUUUUGUAAUUCACCACAAACACCUUACUUAUAA